GAGCCGCCGCGGCCCGAGCCCCCCCAGCCCCCGCGCGCGCCGCCGUCGGGGCCGCGCCCUUCCGGGCCGCCCCGCGGGCGCUCGCCCGACACCCGGGGCUGGGAAUGGUCCGGCGCGGCCCCUCGGCGACGGGCCUCUCGCUGGCCAGAGUCGGAGCGCCGCCGGAGGUAGAGCACACGGCGCCGUUCCCGGAGCACGCGCCGCUGAGCAUGUGGGGCGCCGAUUCUCCGCCGGCUUGCGGGUCGAGGGCGGGCGCGCCCGACGAGCAGCUGCGGAGCGAGCUGCGGGAGGCCGUCGACGAGCACCGGCUCGCCCUGCGGGAGGCGGCUGCGCAGCAGAAGGCGGAACUGCGGCUGGGCGCGGAGGCGGCGUUGGAGUUCUUCCGGGGGGAGAUCGCGAGGUUCGCGCAGGCGCGGGUCAGCGGGCAGGUCACGGGGUUCAGCACAAACGGGGCGAAGAUCCCGCAGGGCCGGAUUUGGGCUGAGCCGGAUUUGGGGGCCGCUCGCGACCCCGAGGGCGGCUCUGCUAUUGGCUGGGCCGGGCUCGGGAAGCCUCCCCCCGAAAAAAUGCAGGGCAGCUUCUUCUGAAUCGGCUGAGCGGGGUUUGCGCUGAGCUGGGCAACUCCACGCCUGAAUGUGUGCAUCAUUCGAUUUCUGGCUGAUUGAUGUUCAAUCUUUCGAAGAAAAGUCAACAGUGCGUAAUCAUACCCUUUCGUAGGUCUGCGCGGACGUCUUGGAUCUGCGCUGGACCCCUUUGGUGCGAUUCGCGUGCCAGGGAGGGGUCCAGCAUCGAUCCAAGAAAUCUCU